GUCUCCUCCCGAAACCGAGGACGACAAGAGCGCGAGCUCCGGCGAUGGGCGGCGGCGGCGGAGGCACGACGUUCACCAUCCCGCACAACAAGCGGUGGCACACCGUCGCCGGCAAGGGCCUCUGCGCCGUCAUGUGGUUUUGGGUUUUCUACAGGGCUAAGCAGGAUGGUGCUGUUCUCUUGGGUUUGCGUCAUCCUUGGGAUGGUCAUGAUGACCAUUCUCAUGGUCAUGGACACGAGCAUGAGGGUUCAUCGUCGCCUCAUUAAACCAACUGCUUCUUAGUGGCCGAGGGAGACUCACUGCUUUGGUUGUUGCAAUGAAAGCCCUGAAGUUAAUAAAGUACAAUCUAUUAAAACUAAGAUGGGUUUUCAUGUUGUUUUCAACUGUUUAAUGCAAACUGGUUAAGUAUUUGCUUUUGAGAUAGCUUCAAUGGUGGAAUGUGUGGCUGGAGAGGAAUAAAAGAAAUUUCAGGAUGAUCACCAGCAGGAAGAACGGGUGGUGGCCUUGGUGAUUCAGAACAUGAAUGAAAGAGUGUUUACGAUUAAUAAUUUCAUAGGGUAAUUCACUCUUUUAUGCACGCUGUGAAAGUUGUAUAAUUCUGGGUUUGUAAUCAUUUGAAACUGUCAUAAACACUUCUUUUUCUUUCCUGCUUAAUAUAAGAACAGGCAGAGCUCUACAGUUGUUGCUCCAGAGUA